CCCUCCGCAGGGACCCCAGGUGCUUUUUGGGGCUGGGGAGCGUUUGCCUUCCAGAGCUUUCCCCGCGGCAUCUUCAUCCUCCUCCUCCUCCUCGCCCUCCCCAGCUGCCAGUGGUGUUUGUCCCAUCCCGGGGGAGAGCAGCCCGUGCUCUGGUGCCGGGGCUGGGGCAGCUCCAGCUCCCCCCAAACUCUGCUCUUUGCUGCCUGCUGGGCUCGCUGCUCCCUGUCUCAGGCAGGGAAUUAGGAAUAGGGGAAUUAAGGAUAGAGCUCCCUGGAGCCCCUUGCCCUGCCAGUUCCUGCUCCUGCCGCGGAUGAAAGCGUGAAGGCCGAGCUGACCAGAAGGGACUCUUGAGUAGCUGCUAAGAUGGGCAUGAGGAUCAAGCUGCACAGCACCAACCACCCCAACAACCUGCUGAAGGAACUCAACAAGUGCCGGCUCUCCGAGACCAUGUGCGACGUCACCAUCCUGGUGGGCUCCCGCUCCUUUGCCGCGCACAAGGCCGUGCUGGCCUGCGCCGCCGGCUACUUCCAGAACCUCUUCCUCAACACGGGGCUGGACGCUGCCAGGACCUACGUGGUGGAUUUCAUCACGCCAGCCAACUUCGAGAAGAUCCUGAGCUUUGUGUACACCUCGGAGCUCUUCACCGACCUCAUCAACGUGGGUGUCAUCUAUGAGGUGGCGGAGCGGCUGGGCAUGGAGGAUCUGCUGCAGGCCUGUCACUCCACCUUCCCCGACCUGGAGAGCUCGGCCAUCACCAAGCAGCCUGCCCUGGCCGUGGGGGAAGGCCGGGCUGGGCCUCUGAGCAGCACCUCCUCGGAGCAGAGCCACUCUUUGGGGGACAUGCGGAGCGGCGCGGAGCACUUCGGCCCCGAGCGGAAUUACCUCCUGCACGGGGACGUGGCGGGCAGCUACAAAGAGGAUGACAGGAAUCCUGUGGGGGAGGCCAGCCAGGCUCUUCCCCUGAUGCACCCACAGCAGCCUCCCAAGACAGAGCAGGAGUCGGAUCCGGGGCAGUUCGCUCCGGUUGCGGGUCUGGGGGCCCAGCCCGGUGGGAAUGUCAUGGCACAGAGCACCGGCAGCUCCUGCCCUCAGUACAAGCCCCAGAGCAACGGCGACUACGGCAAGGGCGGCUUCUUCCCCACUGACCCCUCCCUGGAUGUCUCCACGGGGAGCAAUUCCUGCCCCAGCAACAGCGACCACUCCAAAGAGCAGGGGUUCGAGCAGAUGGAUGAGCUCCAGCUGGAGGAUUUGGGAGAGGCCGAGCUGCAUUUUGAGGAUGCUGGAGAAGAGCUGGUCCCGUCUGAGGAAGUGAUUGAGCUGAGUGAUGACAGCGAGGAGGAGCUGGCCUUCGAGAGCGACAGCCGGGACAGCAAGGCCAUGCCCUGCCAGGUGUGCAAGAAGGUGCUGGAGCCCAACAUCCAGCUGAUCCGCCAGCACGCCAGGGACCACGUCGACCUGCUCACCGGGAACUGCAAAGUCUGCGAGACACACUUCCAGGACCGCAACUCCAGGGUCACUCACGUGCUGUCCCACAUCGGCAUCUUCCUCUUCUCCUGCGACAUGUGCGAGACCAAGUUCUUCACCCAGUGGCAGCUGACGCUGCACCGGCGGGACGGGGUCUUCGACAACAACGUCAUUGUCCACCCCAGUGACCCCCUGCCGGGGAAAGUGGCCGUGUUUGGGGGAGGGCCCGGCCCCGAGCUGGCCUGCGCUGCCUGCGGGAAGCCCUUGGCCAAAGAUUUCCACACGGUCCGGAACCACCUGCUGGAGCACGUGAACCUGAAGAGCCAAACGUGCGGCGUGUGCGACCAGCGGCACCUGAGCCUCUGCAGCCUGAUGUGGCACACCCUGUCCCACCUGGGCAUCUCCGUCUUCUCCUGCUCCGUGUGCGCCAGCAGCUUCGUGGACCGGCAGCUCCUGGAGAAGCACCUGGCCGUGCACCAGCACGUGGAGGAGGCUCUUUUCCAGUGCCACUUCUGCAGCCAGAGCUUCAAGCUGGAAGCUGCCUAUCGCUACCACGUCAGCCAGCACAAGUGCGGGGGCAGCCUGGACAUCCGGGCGGGAUUCGGGGAGCGCCUGCAGCCUCAGGGGCUGCCCAAGAGGAAACUGCCCGAGGAGUUCCUGAGCGAAGAGCUGGCGCUGCAGAGCCAGCCGGGGAACAGCAAGUACAGCUGCAAGGUGUGCGGCAAGAGGUUCGCCCACACCAGCGAGUUCAACUACCACCGGCGCAUCCACACCGGGGAGAAGCCGUACCAGUGCAAGGUGUGCCACAAGUUCUUCCGCGGGCGCUCCACCAUCAAGUGCCACCUGCGGACGCACUCGGGGGCUCUGAUGUAUCGCUGCACCGUGUGUGGCCACUACAGCUCCACGCUCAACCUCAUGAGCAAGCACAUAGGGGUGCACAAGGGCAGCCUCCCGCCGGACUUCACCAUCGAACAGACUUUCAUGUACAUCAUCCAUUCCAAAGAGGCCGAGAAAAACACGGAUAGCUGAUGGGGCAGGGGCCGGCGGAGGAGCGAGUGUUAACGGUGGAAGCCGUGGAGGAAAACAAAAAAAAAAAAAAGAAAAAAAGGAAAAUAGUUUUGUUUUAUUUAAUGGUCAGGCGUCAUGGAUGGGAUUCUUUUUUUGGUUUUGGUUUAAUUUUAUUUUUUUUUUUUUGUUUUUGGGGCCUUCCUAGGGCUUUUUAGAUUGGUGGCGUUGUACAAAUUAACAGCACGUGAGGUACAUCACUGUUUCAAGGAGUCUGUCGUGUUUACUUACCUCUAGUCCUGUUAGAGGCCGUCGAGUUCUGUGCUUUUAGCAUUUCUCACUAGUUUUUGAGUCUAGAUUCUGGGUUUUUUUUUUUUGAACCUUUUAGCCCACUUGACCAGGCUACCCCUGAGCUUGUCCACAAACUGAUGCUGCUAAGAUUUUCACACCUGACCUCAGUGGAGAGGGGCAGAGCCAGAGCAGGUGCUGGACUCGAAGGAAAGGAACAAAAGAGAAGGAAAGAAAGAAGGAAAAAAAAAAAAAAAAAGACAUUCUGGGCAUCUUCGGUGUUCUGCUGCUACUGCCAGGAGACGGGCAAAGUGUGCUCUGGGAUCACCGUGCGCUGCUGGGGAGAGGAGCAGCCAGCACCUGAGUGUGUAAACAAGGAGGAAUCCCAGCAGGGAAGCAGGAGCAGGGGAUUUGCAGAUUCCCAGGCCGUGUUUUCUCUGCCGUGCCCUGGAGAGCCGGAGGAGGAGAUGAAGGAGCCGCACGACCUCGGGGCGGAGGCGGCUGCGUGAGCACGGGGAUCUCCCGUAGGACUGGAGAGGGAGGGGAAGCAGGUCCGUGCUCCCUGGGAGGGGAUUUGUGGUGGCCACGGAGAGCCAGGGGUCUCCUGGUUCUGCUCUGCCCCAGCCUCACGCUGUGCCCCGGGCAGACGAGUCAGGAUGAAGCUGAUGCCUUAACUCCCUGGAAGGAGGAGGGACCCUUCUCCUGCCAGAGGGAUCCCCCCUCCCACACCCUGGAUCGCCGCAUCCCGGCCGUGUUCCGGUGGCAAAUGUGUGUGCUUGGAGUGAUGUGAGUUUGUUCAUGGACUGGGAGCGAUGGCUUGGCCUCUCCAGCUGCGUGCUGGGCACUUCUGGGGGCUCUCCUGGCUGUGGGGGGCUCUCCUGGGCAUGGAGGGGCUCUUCCCCCCUACAUUUCGGUACCCCUUGUGCAGGAGGCUCUUCUGGACACGUGCCAGGCUCUCCUGGGCACAGGGAGAUCUCCUGGGCACAGGGAUCUCUCUCUUGGCCCUGUGUCAGGUCCACCUCAGCAUGGGGGGCUCUCCUGGCCACUCCUGGGGGUCUCUCCUGGCCACUCCUGGGGGUCUCUCCUGGCCACCCUAGCGAGGUCAGCUGGUGCCAACAGCAUUAACACUGGGAAGGGCGUGGAUUAUCUCCUCCCUGUGUUAUCCUGCUGUGGGGCAGAGGUGGGGAGGAACAGAUAUUUCUGAGCUGGGACUGCCCUUGGGUAACUCAUUCUACCUCACAAACAAGGAAGCGCUCGGGGCUCUCCAGCCUCGGUGGUCAUGGAUCCCUGCGCUUCUGUCAAGUUUUGCUGUUACAAAACAAAACUAAACUAAACUAAACUAGUGAUUUGCAAACCCUGGAAACUCAGCCUGCUGCCCCCUCCCUGGGAAGGGACACCCAGGAGGGGACACCCGGGAAGGGACACCCGGGAAGGGACACCCAGGAGGGGACACCCGGGAAGGGACACCCGGGAAGGGACACCUGGGAAGGGCUGUCCUGCAGUGGGGCUGGACUCAGAGAGCUCAGAGCACCCGGGGGUCUCUCUUCUGGCUCUGCCGUGGCCUUGGGCAAGUCACUUCACCUCUUUGCCUCAGUUUCCUCAUCUGUAAAAUGAGGGUGGUACCUCCCGUGGUACCGAGCUACCUCCGGGAGCGGGGAGGGGGCCUGGAGCCUGGCUUUGGAGGAGGGGAGGCACCAGAGCCAGGGUUUGCUCUGGGUUUGCCUGGCUGCUGUAGCUCUGAGUUCUGAACUCCAGCCUCGUGGUCCUGGCGUCACUGUGGAGCUGUGGUGAGCUGUGUUAGGUUUUACAGGAGAAAGGGUAAUUUUGGGAAUGGUGUGGUGCUCUGGGAAGUGUGGGAGCUGGUGGCACCUUGCUGCGGGCUCCUCUGAGCUGCUCUCUGGGUUCCAGGGUUUCUGUCUGGAAUGGUGGGAUGGAUGAGGCUGGAAGGGACCAUCCCAGUCCCACCCCCUGCUCGUGCAGGGUCCCCUCGGGAGCGGAACUCAGGGCUGUGCCUGGCUGAUGGCAGCUGGGGACGGGGACAGGGAUGGACACUGCUCUGGAGGUGGCUGUGAAGGGUGUGAGGGAUAGACAAGGCUGGGAGAGCCUUGAGACCCUCCUGGAAUGUUCCAGAAGCCAUGGUGAGCUUCAGGGAGGGUCUGCAGCCCCGGAUCUCGAUAAGCUGAAAAGCAAAAGCCUUUUGUGCACAUAAACCAAAAAGAGAAGCUUUUACACCGAAACACCAACAGGCACAGCCAGCCCUCACUCCUGGCCCUGGGGGGAAAGCAGGGGCUCCCCCCUUGCUGCUGAUGCAGGGAAUUUCUGUUUCCCUGGAUUAAAACAGAUCAUUCCCACAUGGAACAUCCCAAAAUCAGCAGUGGAGGGGCUGCAGGGGUGGGUCUGGACCUGCUGCUGCUGCUCCUGGGGGGUGAUUCCCAGGGGGGUCAGAGACCUGAGUGCUCCCCCCAGGAGGGUUCUGGGUGUUCCUGAACCUUCAGGGUUGGCAGGGAUGUCAUCAUCCCUGUCCCCAUGUCCGGCCAGCCUGGCUGGGAGCUCCAGUUCAGCGCUGGGAGAGCCAGAGCAGUCGCUCCGUGCUGGAUUUUGUUCCUUUUCCACCACCGUGGGCAAACCUGGCUCUCUCCUGUCCCCACUGCCCUUGGUGACUGUGGGGACACCGACCUACCUCCCCUGGGGCAGCCUGAGGUGUUUGCAAAGUGCUUUGGUAACCUGGGGUAGGAGAGGGAGUUACAGAGGGGAAUUUCUGGCAGCGUCCAGGUCACGGAGCCUCCUGGGGAGCCCGGACAGGGAAUCCCCUCUGAGGGCUCUGAGCCCAGGCUCACCCCCAUCCCCAACACAAAAUUCACUUUUCCCUCAGUGGAUCCAGGUCUCUCAUCAGAGUAACUGAGCAGAAGAAAAAAAACAAGAGUUGAACUUGCUGUCUAACCUUUUUGUUAAGUUAAUCGUAGGUACUGACCUCCUGCUAUUUAAGUGUUUACUAUCUAUUUGCUGUAAAGUUUUGUAUAUUUUGUAAACUUUCCUCCCCAAAUCGUAGAUGUCUAAAAUCGUUGUACAUCGGGUUCUUUUCUACUCCAUUGUUCAG